AUGGUUCAUGCCUACGGUCCUGUGAUACGCGAAUCGAACGAAUUGGACUGCCCGCAAAUCUGUCCCGACGUACAAAUGCCCGUCGCCGACGAGGAGGGCAACAUGUACCCGAACGAGUGUUACAUGAAGCGCACAAAGUGCGAACAGAACAACGCGAAAACGGAGCCUCCUCUUUGGCCGACCAACAAUGGGCCCUCUUCCAAUUAG